CUCUCUCUUCUAUAAAAUGCAGCUCAAGAGACAAUGCCUCUUUUUCCCCUCCUUGUCUUCCUUCCUCUCCCAUCCUUCCCUCCGCCGAGAAAGCGCCGGCGACCGGCCGGGGAACAUCCUCCCGCUCUCCUCCCCCGCCGGCGACGUCUACUUCGAGGGUCCUCCUCCACUUUCCGUGGAUUGCAGGGAGCACGUAGCGAGGAGAAGGAGAAGACAUGGAGGGGCCGGGUAUGCGCAAAGUUAGCUCGCAUUGCUCGAUCAACGAUAUGUUCGAUGAAGAUUUCUCGCGUCUCCUUGAGAAGCCGAGGCUUAACAUUGAGCGGCAGAGAUCUUUUGACGAGAGGUCCCUCAGCGAGCUCUCGAUUGGGCUCACGAGGGUUGGGUUGGAUAACCUGGAUAGCACAUAUUCACCUGGGAGGAGGUCAGGGUUUGACACCCCAGCAUCGUCAGCCCGCAACUCUUUUGAACCUCAUCCUAUGGUGGCUGAUGCCUGGGAGGCUCUAAGAAAGUCUCUGGUGUAUUUCCGUGGUCAACCAGUGGGGACAAUCGCUGCCGUUGACCAUGCUUCUGAGGAAGUUUUGAACUAUGAUCAGGUGUUUGUUCGGGAUUUUGUCCCCAGUGCACUGGCUUUUCUAAUGAAUGGGGAGCCAGAUAUUGUCAAGAAUUUUCUCUUGAAGACUUUACAUCUUCAAGGAUGGGAGAAAAGAAUAGACAGAUUCAAGCUUGGGGAAGGAGCAAUGCCAGCAAGCUUCAAAGUCUUGCACGAUCCUAUUCGGAAAACAGAUACUCUUAUGGCAGAUUUUGGUGAGAGUGCAAUUGGAAGAGUUGCACCAGUUGACUCUGGAUUUUGGUGGAUUAUCCUGCUUCGUGCGUAUACAAAGUCCACAGGAGAUCUGUCUUUGGCAGAGACAGAAGAGUGUCAGAAGGGGAUGAGGCUUAUAUGUUCUCUUUGCCUGUCCGAGGGUUUCGAUACUUUUCCUACUUUACUUUGUGCCGAUGGUUGCUCAAUGGUUGAUCGAAGAAUGGGCAUCUAUGGCUACCCGAUUGAAAUUCAGGCACUUUUCUUUAUGGCUCUGAGAUGUGCUUUGGCAAUGCUAAAACAUGAUUCAGAAGGGAAAGAAUGCAUCGAGAGAAUUGUCAAACGCUUACAUGCCUUAAGCUAUCACAUGCGGAGUUAUUUCUGGCUUGACUUCCAACAACUAAAUGACAUAUACCGAUAUAAAACCGAGGAAUAUUCGCAUACUGCAGUAAAUAAGUUUAAUGUUAUUCCUGAUUCAAUUCCAGACUGGGUAUUUGAUUUUAUGCCAACUCGCGGUGGUUACUUCAUUGGCAAUGUCAGUCCUGCAAGGAUGGAUUUCAGAUGGUUCGCUUUGGGUAAUUGUGUAGCAAUAUUGGCAUCACUUGCUACUCCGGAGCAAUCAAUGGCUAUUAUGGAUCUUAUAGAAGCUCGCUGGGAGGAGUUGGUAGGGGAAAUGCCUCUAAAGAUAAGCUAUCCUGCUCUGGAAGGUCAUGAAUGGCGGAUAGUUACUGGUUGUGAUCCUAAAAAUACCAGAUGGAGUUAUCACAAUGGAGGAUCUUGGCCAGUGCUUUUGUGGUUGUUAACGGCUGCUUGCAUCAAGACUGGGCGGCCACAAAUUGCGAGACGAGCAAUUGAUCUGGCCGAGACUCGUUUGUUGAAGGACAGCUGGCCAGAAUAUUAUGAUGGUACACUGGGUAGAUAUAUUGGCAAGCAAGCAAGAAAGUAUCAAACAUGGUCUAUAGCAGGAUAUUUAGUGGCGAAGAUGAUGCUGGAGGAUCCUUCGCACUUGGGAAUGAUUUCCCUGGAAGAGGACAAGCAGAUGAAGCCAGUGCUUAAGAGAUCUUCUUCCUGGACUUGCUGAGUAUAUCCCAACAGUAGAAAAGAAGGGCAGGGAAUCAAGAAGAGAACACAAGUGAAAUUAGCUUGUUCUUACGACCAUAUUCUUUUGGUGAUUUGCAUCUUGUAGGUUUGUUUUGAACCCUUCUGAAAGUUUGGUUUUGUGUACAAUAGCAAAUGCCAAAUUGCAUCAAGCUUGCUGAAUAAAAAGAAAAACAUUCUGGUACUUAUGCAGUUUUAUAAAUGCUUGCCUGCAUUUUGAGA